AUUUCAGGUCAUGUACUGACACAAAUGUUCGACUUAAGUUGAUCAGGCAAGGGAACCUUCCUCCCGCGUGUCAUUGUUGCACAGAAGUAAUCUUCAAUGUUCGGAAUCCAACCUCGGCACGCGAUGACGGUAUUUGUUGUUUGCCACAGCUGAGCUUCCUCCGCAUUCUACUCCACACAUGCACACGACAACUACAGCUUCACGAUCAACGAUAUCGCGGCCACAGCAAGCAGUACUCAUCAUCUUGUUCUCGAUAAAAAAGCUAGGAUUUCGGAAUAGCAGAGCAGUAUGGCGCCUAUUAAGGCCGCUACGCUCCCGAUCAUACCAUUAGCAAAAGAUACAGUCCUUCUUCCCGGAAUUGUCCUUAGGAUACCAGUUGCGGGCAAUCGACCAGACAUCCCAGCAUUACUUUCAAGUGUAUACAGCCGUGCAGCCUCGAAAACUCAUGCUGAAAGGCUCGACAAUGUCAACAUCGCAUGCGUGCCGCUCAAUUCCCCAUCCUUGUCCCAGAAUGGGCAGAAGUUGAUCUCGCAGGACGAGAACAAGUCGGAUGCUAAAGAACGAGUAGACAUAAACCCAUCCCAAGCGACGAAGAAAGAUUUGUUUGGAUUUGGCACAGCAGCGAAGAUAUCUGGUGUGGAGGGUCGGGGCACUGGAGAGUUUGCUUUGCUGGUGGAAGGAGUGGCUAGAGUCCGGAUAGAGAACAUCACCCAGGAUCGACCAUUCUUUGGAGCGGAUGUGAUAUACGAAUACGAUGAUGCAAUAAAUCCAGAAGACGUGGCCAUGCAAGGCCUGUUUGCACAUCUCAAACAGCUAUCACGCGAGCUUUUGACUCUCCUUCGACUAUCCUCUUUACUUCCUCGCACUUCCGGCUCGUCAGGCCUAUCACCCGUGCUAGCACGCCGUCUUGAGAUAUUCAUAGCACGGAAAGGACUACAAGAUGCUGGGGUUCUAGCAGACUUUAUGGCCAACAUUGUUGAGAGCUCGUUCGAGGAAAAGCUGCAGAUCUUGGCAGCUUUGGAUGUGAAGGAAAGGGUCGAAAAGGCUAUCGAGCUGCUCCAGCGACAGGUUGGGAAUAUCAAGAAUAAUGUUAGCAUCACAACAAUUACCAGUACUAUUCCUUCCAAUAUCGAUCUGGACCAGAUGAACAAAAUCAAUCAGCGAACCAGAAGACCGGGAAUGACUAUGCCACCUGGGAUGGCUAGCAUGGGCGGAGGUCCAGAAGAUGAGAAUGAACCAAAUGAUAUGGACGAAUUGAAGAAGAAAAUUGAUGCUGCAAAGAUGUCCCCGGAGGCCGCCAAAGUCGCAGAUCGAGAAUUGAAACGUCUAAAGAAAAUGUCCCCAGCCCAAGCAGAAUACCAAGUCACCAGGAAUUAUCUAGAAACCUUGACAGAAAUUCCUUGGUCUGCGAUGACAGAAGAUCAGCUAGGUGUCGAGACCCUACCAAGAGCGAGGAGACAGCUAGACGACGAUCAUUAUGGACUUGAGAAAGUUAAGAAACGAUUGCUAGAGUACUUGGCUGUUCUCAAGCUCAAACAAUCUAUUAAUCAGGAUGUGAAUACCCAGAUCAUAAAGGCAGAGGAAGAGAAAGCCGAAGAGAAGGUUGAAAUCCUGAAGAGUAAGCGGCUGAUUGAUAAGUCCCCUAUCCUUCUUCUGGUUGGCCCUCCAGGAGUUGGAAAGACAAGUCUAGCGAAGUCGGUGGCAACAGCACUUGGGCGCAAAUUCCACCGAAUAUCUCUUGGCGGUGUUCGGGAUGAAGCUGAGAUCAGAGGUCAUAGAAGGACCUAUGUUGCAGCAAUGCCUGGUUUGAUUGUGCAAGGGUUGAAAAAAGUGGGUGUAUGCAACCCAGUAUUUCUCCUCGACGAGAUUGACAAAGUUGGUACGACAAACUUCAACGGUGAUCCUUCAGCUGCCAUGUUGGAGGUUCUCGAUCCCGAGCAGAAUCACACAUUCACCGAUCAUUACGUCAAUAUCCCAAUUGAUCUCAGCAAAGUCUUGUUCAUUGCAACAGCCAACAGUCUAGACACAAUUCCUCCUCCACUUUUGGACCGAAUGGAGACAAUUUACUUGUCAGGAUACACCACCCUAGAAAAACGACAUAUCGCUUUACAACAUCUAAUUCCGAAACAAAUCCGGACAAACGGGCUUGGAGACGGGCAAGUAGAAUUCAAUCAGGAUGUUGUGUCCAAAAUCAUCGAGUCCUAUACUCGUGAAUCAGGAGUCCGAAAUUUGGAGCGAGAGAUUGGUUCCGUCUGCCGUGCGAAGGCUGUGGAAUAUGCUGAAGCAAAAGACUCCGGGCAUGAGGAGAAAUACAAACCGCAACUAUCUGUGCAGGACAUUGAAGACAUUCUCGGAAUCGAAAAGUACGACGAGGAAAUUGCCGAGAAAACAAGUCGACCCGGUAUAGUGACUGGUCUCGUGGCCUACAGCUCAGGUGGCAACGGAAGCAUACUUUUCAUCGAGGUUGCCGAUAUGCCGGGAAGCGGGAGCGUGCAGCUCACGGGAAAGCUGGGAGACGUUCUCAAAGAAAGUGUCGAGGUUGCACUGAGUUGGGUCAAGGCCCAUGCGUACGAACUUGGCCUGACAGCCGAUCCUUCCGAGAACAUCAUGAAGAAUCGUAGUAUUCACGUUCAUUGCCCGUCAGGUGCGAUACCAAAGGAUGGCCCAUCUGCCGGUAUGGCUCACACAAUUGCACUUAUUUCCUUGUUCUCUGGCAAGGCUGUACCUCCAACCAUGGCCAUGACGGGUGAGAUCUCUCUCCGAGGCCGUGUUACAGCUGUCGGUGGCAUCAAGGAAAAGCUCAUUGGUGCUCUCCGAGCGGGCGUCAAGACCGUUUUACUACCCGCGCAGAACAGGAAAGAUGCCAAAGACUUACCACAGGAGGUCAAAGAUGGAUUGGAGAUCAUCCACGUUAGACAUAUCUGGGAAGCAAUGCGCCACGUCUGGCCUGAAGCACACUGGCCCGGCGAGCAAAAUUUCGCUGGCAUCGAAAGUCAGUUGUGAGCACCUUACCACUCCCGGUCAAGCAGGCGAUCCUCUUGAGCAUCAACCCUACUGUUGAUCUCCACUCAUUUCAUUCUUACCUUGUCUUUUUUUUUUUGGUUUGGGCAGAGCACAGCACAGCGUAGCAUUUGCUUCCUCCUUCAGCCUCAUCUUGGAGUGCUAUGGAAUGGUAUCACAGCAGCAGGCGUUCAAAGAUGUAUUUACACUACAAAAUAGGACUAGGUAAUAGGGCAUGGAAUAAACAUUAC